UGCACCGAUUACGUUUCUCGUUACAAAUACUCCACAUGUCAACGACGAACUUGACGAUGACGAGCCCUUCGAAUCCGAUUACGACCACGGAUAAUCCAAAAUUGCCACCAUCAAACGACCUUAUCUUUGGGAUAUGCGCGGUCAUCGUCAUCAUCAUUUUAUUCGGCAUCAUUGUCGUUUUGAUUCUCCAUCUGUGGAAGAGAGCGAAAAAGCAGCAACAUCUGAUCGCGGGAAAUAAUGAGGAGGACCCGAAUGCAUUAGAGUUAACCAUGGCCAAGACACACGUCGACGGAGAGGCGGCCAUACCCAAUGGAAAUGGAAUGGUACAAUAUUGUGGCUGGGGCUCGACCCCGCACGGCUAUUCAAAUGGAGAGAGGGUGCUGAGCUACUAUCAUAAUUAUGAGAAAAGUACUUUGACGUCCAAACCGACGGGUAUAUCACUGGACGAGUUCACCACGUACGUUCACACAAACAGGCAAUCGUUGGAGCUUAUCGAGGAAUUUGAGGCUCUCCCAGGGGUGAAUACCGAACAGGUAACCUAUGCAAAACUAGAAGAGAACAAACCAAAGAAUCGCUACCGAAACAUUCUUCCAUAUAAUAAUUCACGUGUUGUACUAGAAGUCAUCGAUGAUGAUCCGUAUUCCGACUACAUCAAUGCAUCUUACAUAGACAGCUUUACGAGAGAAAAGGCGUACAUCGCUUCUCAAGGUCCAAAGAAGAAUACUGUGGAUGAUUUCUGGAGGAUGAUAUGGCAGGAAAAGAUCAGAGUGGUUUCCAUGGUAACCAAGCUAGAAGAAGUCCUUAAAACCAAAUGCGAGUGCUAUUGGCCAGAUUCGGGCGCUGAUGAGACAUAUGGCGAGAUACACGUCGAGGCUAAGAGCACAGAGGAGAGAGACUUCGGAGUACUCAGGGAAUUCAUCAUUUUUAAGGCCUCAGAAGACAAGAGAAAACUAACUCACUUCCAAUUCACCAAGUGGCCAGACAAAUCGGUUCCUAAACAAACCUCUCUCUUCUUGAGGUACAUGAGAGAGGUGAAGAAGACUUACCUAGCAGACGACUCGGCUCCUCUUCUUGUCCAUUGCAGUGCCGGCAUCGGUCGUUCCGGUGUCCUCAUCGCUAUGGACAGCGUGGUGGAGCAAGCGAAGAGAACCGGCAAGGUGAACGUCCACGGGUUCGUCCAGGCUAUGCGAGAGUGCAGACAAAACAUGGUUCAAACAGACGAGCAGUAUGUCUUCCUCCACGAAGCCGUUCUGGAGUCGUUGGUAUGUGACGAUACUCGAAUCCCGGUCGACGGGUUUGAGGUCCGACUUCAGGAGCUGACAAAGCAGGAUCCAAAAGGAGGCCAGACUCUACUCGAUCAGGAGUUCAAGACAUUAUCCAAGAUCAGUCCAGACCCGUCUCCUCUUGCUAUUCGUACGGGCAGCAAAGCUGAAUGUAAGAAGAAGAAUAGAGACAGCUCUGUACUACCAAUCGAAAGGAACCGUGCAAUCCUUCAAAGCUGGUACUCAAACGAACCAUUUGGAGACUACAUCAACGCAAGCUUUGUCAAAUCAAUGGGCAAUGAUUCGUCACCGUACUACAUCGUAACUCAGAUGCCACUACCAGAGACGGUGGUAAACUUCUGGUCUCUGGUCUAUGACUACAAACCUACCACUAUUGUCAUGCUGAACCAACUAGACAAAACAGACUCGACGACAGGCCAGUACUGGCCCGAUGGGGGUUCGGUCCAGUAUGGUCCUUUCACCAUCUCGACGACAUCGGUCGAGAAAAAUAUCGGAAUGAUUGUCAGGACGCUACAAGUUCAACUCACAGAAACACAGAAUGUGCGUGUUAUACGUCAAUACCAGUUCCUUGGCUGGCCGGAAGACAACCCUAUGCUGAACGACCAGAGCAAGAAACUUCUAAUACAGCUGAUCCAGGCUGUUUACCAGUCACCAGCAUCCACCGAAGAGGAAACACAUUAUAAAGUUUUGGUCCAUUGCAUGAAUGGAGCUGGUCGUAGCGGUGUAUUCUGCGCCCUCAAAGCAUGCAUGGACCAGAUCACCGAAGAGAACGCAGUUGAUGUCUUCCAAACGGUCAAAACUCUUCGGGUAGAUAGGAUGAGAAUGGUCACCACAAAGGAGGAAUACCUAUUCUGCUACGAAACCAUCCAAGAGUUCUUAAAACAGAAGGAAGAAGACGACAAGACAGAAGACGAAGGCGAUAUUGGCGAGGACGUUGACAGUGGGACACAAACCGUCAGUGAAACGGACAUUGAGACCAAGACAGCACAAGCCUAUCAAAACCAAGCAUUCAUUAAUGAUGACUAGAGUUGUGAUCUCAAAGUAAUCAUCUACAAGAGAUGUUAUUGUUCCAUCCAUUGAAAUGUCCGAUAUUUAGGUCCGAGCUUGCGAUUGAUUAUAUUUUAUUUAUCCAACUAAUCGAUAUUGACUUUCAAUAAACUGCAAUUGAUUGCAUAUUAUUAGGCGAAGAAGAGGCAAGAAUAAACAUUUAUACUGACUAGCGUUUGACUGCAUUAUGAUUGCCCAACAAUGUUUAGAUAAACUUGCGAGUUAUUGCGUUUUUGUUAUUGGUCCGAUCUGAAAACAGUAAGUACUGAGCUUUUAACGCGAUACGAUUGAUAGCAUCUUAGUCGUCCAACAACCAGUCAGAAUAGAGAUCAUAACGACUUGUGAUUGAUUGCAUCUUAUUCGCCCAACAACCAGUCAGAAUGAAGAACAUAAUGACUGGUGAUUGAUUGCAUCUUAUUCGCCCAACAACCAGUCAGAAUGAAGAACAUAAUGACUGGUGAUUGAUUGCAUCUUAUUCGCCCAACAACCAGUCAGAAUGAAGAACAUAAUGACUGGUGAUUGAUUGCAUCUUAUUCGCCCAACAACCAGUCAGAAUGAAGCUCAUAAUGACCGGUGAUUGAUUGCAUCUUAUUCACCCAACAACCAGUCAGAAUGAAGAACAUAAUGACUGGUGAUUGAUUGCAUCUUAUUCGCCCAACAACCAGUCAGAAUGAAGAACAUAAUGACUGGUGAUUGGCUGCAUCUUAUUCGCCCAACAACCAGUCAGAAUGAAGAGCAUAAUGACUGGUGAUUGAUUGCAUCUUAUUCGCCCAAUGACCAGUCAGAAUGAAGAACAUAAUGACUGGUGAUUGAUUGCAUCUUAUUUGCCCAACAACCAGUCAGAAUGAAUAUCAUAAUGACUGGUGAUUGAUUGCAUCUUAGUCGCCAAACAACCAGUCAGAAUGAAGAACAUAAUGACUGGUGAUUGAUUACAUCUUAUUCGCCCAAUGACCAGUCAGAAUGAAGAACAUAAUUACUGGUGAUUGAUUUCAUCUUAUUCGCCCAACAACCAGUCAGAAUGAAGAACAUAAUUACUGGUGAUUGAUUGCAUCAUAUUCGCCCAACAACCAGUCAAAAUGAAGAACAUAUGGAGUGAUAUUUGAUUGUAUCUUAUUUGCUCGGCAACUCAUUAGAAUAAAGCCGGUAGUUUGAAAAUUGUUGACCUCGUUCAACCAACAACCAUUCAGAAUAAAGCUUUUUAACAAACCAAAUAGAGAACUCAUUAUUUCAACACUCGAUAUGCUCAUAGCUUAAAUCGCAUGUAAUUUCAAUCUAUGCCAUAGGAUGGUUUUCAAUUGUGUUUUUGCUUCGUUCCUUUGCACACGAUCUAUUUUAUCUAUGGUUGCUUUAACCUCAGAUAUUAUCAUGACUUUGUAUAGAUUAUUAUAAAUUAUAAAUCAACCACGUUCCCCCUCAAAAUAGCAGAGUGAUGUGGAUCGCGAUUAUAGUAGGUAUAGCACACUAAAAAUAAGUACAACAAACACAUAUUAUUUGAUGAUUGCAAAUGAUCAAGCUUUAUGAAAGCUUCAA